AGCAGGACAGCUACUUGCUGGUGCGGUCUGCGGAUAUGUCCGUCGUCACUAGUGAGUGAGUGAGGUCGCGUGCUAAAUCCUAGGAGCUCUGGGGGAAGCGCACCUUCAUGCCAAGAAGCGAGUGGCUACGGUGUGCACCUCUGUCCGUCUUGUCUGUUUACCCAGCGGCGCUCCAACACCUUUUGUUACUGUCUGUGAGGGGUGCAGAUGAAGACACACAUAGGAGGGAGAACUACUGAGAGAGAACCCAGACUCAUCCUACGCACACAGAUCUGAGAUCUGACCUCUCACCUCUGACCCAGUGCCCCCUACUGGUGCGGACCACCUCUGAUCCUACCGUGAUGAGUGCGUGCGGCAGGAAGGCUCUGGCAUUGCUGAGCAGCGUGUUUGCGGUCAGCGGGCUGGGGCUUCUGGGAGUUGCGGUCUCUACAGACUACUGGCUGUACCUGGAGGAGGGGGUCAUCCUGCCCCUGAACCAGACCACUGACAUCAGGACCUCCCUGCACUCUGGACUCUGGAGAGUCUGCUUCCUGGCAGGUGAAGAGGCAGGUCGCUGUUUCACCAUCGAGUACAUCAUGCCCAUGAAUUUACAGCUGACCUCUGAGUCCACAGUCAGUGUACUUAAGAUGAUUCGUUCAGCCACUCCGUUUCCUCUGGUCAGUCUGUUCUUCAUGUUCAUCGGCUUUGUGCUAAACAACAUCGGACACGUCCGACCUCAUCGCACCAUCCUGGCCUUUGUCUCCGGAAUCUUCUUCAUCCUCUCAGGUCUGGCUCUGGUGGUAGGUCUCGUGCUGUAUAUAUCCAGUAUUAAUGACGAGAUGUUGAACAGGACUAAGAGCAGUGAGUCCUACUUCAGCUACCGGUACGGCUGGUCCUUCGCCUUCGCUGCCAUCUCCUUUCUGCUCACUGAGAGUGCGGGCGUCAUGUCCGUCUACCUGUUCAUGAAGCGCUACACAGCCGAGGAAAUGUACCAGCGCCACCACCCCGGCUUCUACCGGCCACGCCUCAGUAACUGCUCUGACCACUCUGGUCAGUUCCUGCACCCGGAGACCUGGGCACGCGGGCGCAGCCCCUCGGACAUCUCCAGCGAAACCUCACUCCAGAUGAGCACCAGCUACCCGGCCCUGCUCAAGUGCCCCGACUACGACCAGGUCUCCUCCUCACCCUGCUGAAGGGGUCAUGAGGUCAGGGCAGGUCGCCAAGGUCAAGGGUGAGAAGUCAUAGGUGAUGUUGCUUUUAGAUACUGAUCUAAGAUCAGCUUUCUUUUUUAAGUUAUCUGGAAUCUGUGGAAGGGGUCAUGAGGUCAGGGCAGGUCGCCAAGGUCAAGGAUGAGAAAUCAUAGGUGAUGUUGCUUUUAGAUACUGAUCUAAGAUCAGCUUUCUUUUUUAAGUUAUCUGGAAUCUGUGGAGGGUUGCUGGGAAGUUGCUGGGUGUGGAUAGAACCUCCCGCCUGCAUAGUUUACUGGGAGAUCAGUCCCAAAAGAUAUACAGGGAAGCCUCUGUCUCUUUAUUUUGUUGUUGUUCGUUCCCAUUGUGAUGCUGUGCCCUGGACCUUGUUUGAAAACGUCUACCAGCCAUGAUUGCUGCUGAGGAAACAGUUGAUGCCGCUGUGCCACAUCUUACCUACAGAUGGCAGCAAAGUGCAGAGUUUUUUCAGGAGUAUUCACUUCUCACGUAUUUUCUAUUAUAUCGGGAUACUUACUGCCACUGAUUAGUUAACUUGACGAGGACCAAACUAACAUUUACACAAAUGUUUGAACGGGAACAAUACAUGUCACUAUGUUAAAGCUGCAAUCAGCAGUUGAAACAAUAACAAAGUGAACUCCCAUCCCAUUUCAGUAAAAAGCUGAGGAAUGGGGCUAGAGAAAUGUAACCACUCUCAAAUUCAUAGACAGGGCUAUGGAUGCAAGGACUGGCCAUCCAUGAUAUCUAAAUUAUUGUUAUCAUGUUUUGAAGGUAUAUAGUGUUUGUUUACAAACACUGGAGUGAAACAAGCAUUUAUUUUGGUUUCUGAUGGUUACGACAGUUGAACUAAGCACAUGAGGCAUUUGUAAUAUUAUAACAUCAUAUUCUUAAGAGGUCCAAAAAUGGAUGAAACAACUGCAGAUUGCACCUUUAAACGUGUAUGUGUCAUAUGUUAAAUUGUGUAGUUUGCUUCAUGUUGGAGUUUUUAAAUUGAUGUGUCCCUGCUGGCUCGGAUCUGCCAACAUGGCAUCUCUGCUUUGUUUAUGUAUCAUGUAAAAAUGAAUUAUUUGAAAAGUAAUUGGUAUUCACUCUUAGACAGAUUGUUUAAACAUGCAUAUGGAUAACUGUUGUACAUUGUAUGAAUAUAGCGAACCAUUGUAAAACAAGUCAAAAGUGUAGUCGCUGCCUAAAAUGAUUAAUUCUGAGUGUCAGCUUCAUGCCGUCGGCAUAGCAACUGUUGCAUACAAACUGUACAAUAUCUGGAGAAUAUCUAAAUGUGGGGGGAAAAAAAUUGACUUUGUGAAAUCUUUUUAAUGACAUUGCCUGUGGAUGGAAUGCAAUUUCAUUCAUUAACUCCAGUUUCAAGAUAUUGAUGGUUUGAGAACUAACACAGCAGGAUAGGAGAAUUAAUGAGGGGUAGGAAAGGGUUAGGGUUUAGCUAAAAUGCUAGUUGUCAACAACUGCUAUCCCCAACGUGACAACUAGAUGGCGCUGUAAUGGUCACCACAACCUUAGAAACCAUCAGUCUCAACAAACCAUCGGUAUCAUAACACCGGUUAAUGGAUUGGAGUUCAAUUUUGCUUCCAUGUAAUUGUAAUGUCACAUCAAUACACUGGGAGUCAGUGUUGCAUCACUUACACUAUAAAGCAGACAGAAAUCCCUUCAGGUCAGAAGUGUAUAGAAUCAGGACUUAAACACCCAUCUUCCCACUAUGUUACCUAAGAACUCGGUCCCCCUCUCUCAAAUGAUUUAUUUUCACACCUUAUCUAGACACUGUAUCUAUUUAUUGGCCAAUUAAGGGGGGAACUCAUAUUACUCUGACCUGAUCUAUGUCUGUUUGCUGAUCAAUGAAGGGGUAGAUUUUAACCAUCAGUAAAGGGUUUCUCAUAGACUUUAACCAUCAGUAAAGGGUUUCUCAUAGACUUUAACCAUCAGUAAAAGGUUUCUCAUAGACUUUAACCAUCAGUAAAGGCUUUCUCAUAGACUUUAACCAUCAGUAAAGGCUUUCUCAUAGACUUUAACCAUCAGUAAAGGGUUUCUCAUAGACUUUAACCAUCAGUAAAGGGUUUCUCAUAGACUUUAACCAUCAGUAAAGGGUUUCUCAUAGACUUUAACCAUCAGUAAAGGGUUUCUCAUAGACUUUAACCAUCAGU